UCCUCCUCCCACUCCGCUAAAACCCGGAGGCUCCCCAGUGGAAGCGCAUUCUCCUCUGGAGCCCAGGGCGGGUGCUGCGCGCUCUUGCAACGACCCGAGGCGUUAAGUCUCCAGAGGAGUCUUGAGCCGUGGGUUCGCGACCCGGACAAGUCCUGGGGCCAGACGGCGUGAUGGAGCCCCAGGAGGCGCAGCUGCUGAGUUUGGAGGCGCAGGGACCUGCACCCUGUGGAGACACCCCGCCAGCUGAGGAGCUGCCUACCCCGGGGGUUCCCUGCAUGGAGAGUGGCGGGGACGGCGGCGGUAUAUCCGAGGCCCCGAGCCCCGACGCUGAGCCUCUGUCCCCGACGGAAGAGGCUGCCCCCCGGGAGCAGGAGGAGCUGCUGGAAUGCCGCCGCCGCCGCCGCGCGCGUUCCUUUUCCCUACCCGCCGACCCGAUCUUGCAGGCGGCGAAGCUUCUGCAGCAGCGACAGCAGCUUGCCCUGGGGCUCGGCGCGGAGGGCGGCCGGAGGGCCGGGGGCGUGCCUCACGGCCCCGGCGGCUGCUGUGCCAAGUGCAAGAAGCGGGUGCAGUUUGCGGACGCGCUGGGGCUGAGCCUGGCCAGCGUGAAGCACUUCAGCGAGGCCGAGGAGCCGCAGGUGCCGCCGGCCGUGCUCUCCCGCCUUCGCAGCUUCCCCAUGCGCGCCGAGGACCUGGAGCAGCUCCCCGGCCUGCUGGCCGCGGCGGCGGCGGCCGCGCCCCUCUCCGCGCCGCCUCCCCGGCUUCGGCCUGUCUUCCAGCUUCCGGAGCCGGGCGCCGCGGCCGAGCGCCUGAGGCGGCAGCGCGUGUGCUUGGAGCGCGUGCACUGCUCGGCACUCCCUGGCGCGGAGGUGACAGGCUCCGGCCGGGUGCUGGGCUGCCCCGGGCCGCGGACCGUGGCGGUCCGCUACACCUUCACCGAGUGGCGCUCCUUCCUGGACGUGCCGGCCGAGCUGCAGCCCGAGCCAGUGGAGCCAGGGGCGCCGUCGGGGGAUCCCGGGCCUGGGGAUGCCGAGGAGGAGCCGGGCGCCGAGCGCUUCCACUUCUCGCUGUGCCUGCCCCCCGGCCUGCAGCCCAAGGAGGGGGAGGACGCGGACGCGCCGGGCGUCGCCGUCCACUUCGCUGUCUGCUACCGCUGCGCCCAAGGCGAGUACUGGGACAACAACGCGGGCGCCAACUACACGCUGCGCUACGUGCGCCCCGCGGACGCGCUGUGAGUGAG